GCAAGAUGACACAAAUACAAACACUUAGUCCUGAUUAUAUCGCUCAACCUUUUAUGAAGCCCGACCCUCAUGUUGGAGUCUUUCAUACUCAAACAAAGUUGCCCUACAAGCGCUGUAUUUCUCGUGAACUCCGCCCACCCGCAGAGCACACCUGCCCGCGAGCUCGAGCUCAGGUGAGACAUUCUCGAGCUCAGGUGCGCCGCAUUCCGAGCGCGUGAAGGCGAGCAGGAGGUCGCGUCGCGUCGCGUCAUGGCGGAGUCGCAGCUCAUGUGUAUGGAGGACGGGCUCAUGCCCACCGCGGUGCCCGAGUCCCAUCCCCAGUUCUACUACAGCGAGCAGCAACGCGCCGCCCUCGAGAAGCUCCUCGAGCACGGAGACGGCGCGUUCAAGACCCUCCUGAAGGACGAGAAGAGCCAAGACUUUCUGUCGGCGCGGGAGAUCAAGACCAUCACGAGCACCUUCGUCAAAUAUCAGCGCGAGGACGACGAUGGAGGGGCGUCGGAGAACCGAGCGAAACGCGACGCGAGCGACUCGAUGCGCUCCACAUACUGGCCUCAGAAGUCGGACACUGCGGUUCCUCCACUGGACCUCGGCUGGCCCUCAUCAGGGCUCUUCAAAGGGGUCACCCGAGUGUCUGUGUACACACACCCGCCCAAGGAGAACAGCCCGCACAUCAAGGAGGUGGUCCGCAAACUCAUACAGGAAUCAUGCAAGGUCGUGGCGAUCGUGAUGGACCUGCUGACCGACCUGCAGAUCCUGCGGGAUCUGUUCGAGGCGUCCAAGCGCGGCGUUCCCGUGUACAUCGUGCUGGACGAGCUGGGAACGCCGCACUUCCUCGACAUGUGCAACCGGAUGCAGGUCGGAGCGAAGGAGCUGCAGAACGUGCGCACUCGGAGCGUAAAGGCCGUCGGCCUGAACCUGUCGAUGGGCAGAAUCCCGGGAAACGUCCACAGCAAGUACAUGCUCAUCGACGGCGAUAAAGUCAUGUUCGGGACGUACAGUUUCUCCUGGACGUCUUCCCGCAUGGACAGGAACAUGAUCACGGUGAUGUCCGGACAGGUGCUGGAUUUCUACGAUAACGAUUUCCGAGAACUUUACGCCAUAUCGGACAAACUGGACCUCUUUAAGGAGUUCCACCUCGACAAGCCUCGGACCAACACCUUGUCCCGCGCCGCCGUUCCCAAACGCCCCGUAGCCGCCACUUCCCGAUUCCAGGUGAACCUCGGAGACGUCAAAGUGCCGGCGCACAAAUACCACAACCCCAAGUACCUGUUCUCGCUGGGACAGCUGCCGGGACCCGCGCCGCAGAUGCAGGACUUCCUGAACACCAUGGAGGCGCCCGAUCCCGAGAAUCCCACGGAAGAGCUGGAGAACCUCACGCCGCUUCCCUCCGAGACCGGGAAGAAGAAGCCGAGCAAGAAAACCAAAACGCUGUCGAAGUCGAAGUCGAAGGGGUCGUGGUGGAGGAGACAGAAGAAGGAGGCCAGUGAAGCUGUGAUUGAGGAAAACACACCAGACGACGAGUCCAAACACACACUCCCCGCGGAUCCGAGCUCGGAGGACACUGGGAAAAAGAAGAAGAGAGGACUGAUGAGCUUUUUUAAAAAAGCGAAAUGAGGAUUAUCCUUUAAAUGAGCAUGUGCAUCUGUGCCGUGUUUACAGACUGACCUCACUUUAGACUUGUGUGUGUGUGUGUGUGUGUGUGUGUGGUUGAUAUGAUCAGUGUUUACAGGUGUAACGAUACCCUCGUGUCACGAUUCGAUACCAAGAUACGAUAUUACUGUGAUGCUUCAAGACAUAUGAUAAAAGGUUAACAAAAGAUGUACUGCUGAUUAAAAUGAUAUAUUUGGUAUUAUUGUGGGUGUAAAUGGAUAGUAUUGGACUUGGUGCUGAAACCCAAUGAAGGACAAAAGAGACACCAGAAUAAAAAUAUUCAUGAUUCUGAA